AUGGAAGUAAAUAUUCUUGCAUUUAUUGCUACUGCACUAUUCAUUCUAGUUCCUACCGCCUUUCUACUUAUCAUUUACGUAAAAACAGUCAGUCAAAAUGAUUAA